AUGGCCGCUCGCCGCAAACACACCUACACCUCCGUCUCAGAAACGAACGGCUCCGCGCCUAUAACCGCUGGCAUGCCCGGGGGCACUAUCAAGCCUGCCACCUCCAGCGCGCGCCGCUCGCCUUUCCUCCCGACCCGCCUCGAAGCGCUUCUCAUCUCCAUCUACCCCGCGACUCUGCUCAUGGGCAGCAUAAUCAGCACCAUCUCGCCAGCGUCUCGCGCCGCUCCUUACUCCGCUGAUUCACAGUCGCAUCCGCCUGAAUUCGCGCCCAGCUACUUCGCGCUGAAGAAGAACGUCUUCAACGUCUACUUUGUGAAGAUUGGCUGGUUCUGGGCCACCCUCGCAUUCGCAAUGUUCGUGCUCAUGCAUCCCGGUUUCGGGCGAGGACUGUCUGCGAGGAGAGCCAGAGCGGUGUUGCGAUAUACAGUCGUGACGACGUGGUGGGUGCUCGUCACGCAGUGGUGUUUCGGCCCGCCGCUGAUCGACCGCGGAUUCAAACUCACGGGCGGCGCGUGCGAGCUGGCGAGAGACCCGCUCGCGAGAGCUGAGAUGAGCGACACCAAGGAGUUCAUCACUGCUGCAACGUGCAAGGCUGUCGGUGGCAGCUGGAAGGGCGGACACGAUAUCUCGGGCCACGUUUUCUUGCUUAUCAUGGGAUCGAGUCUGCUCUGGCUGGAAUUUCUACCUGCCUUGACGCGCGUUGAGGGGCUAAGGGAUGGCCGUCUCAUCACACUCCCCGACGGCAAGGUUGCAAGUGUGUCUGUGGAGAAGGAGGUCCAGAAGCCUGAAGGCGAGGCAACGGCUAGGGGUGUCAAGUUCGCGCUGGGCGUUGCGGCGCUGAUGUGGUGGAUGUUGUUGAUGACUGCGGCGUACUUCCACACCUGGUUUGAGAAGUUCACAGGCUUGGCUGUUGCCUUUGCUGGACUGUACACGGUGUAUUUUGCACCAAGAGGCGUGCCGGCUAUGAGGGCUUACUUGGGUAUGCCUGGUGUGUAA